AUGAUUUCGGUAAGUUUUAUUCGGAAACUUUUACUAAACAUCAUAUUUUACGAAACUGAUGACAUUCCGUCGUAUACCGCAUUAGAUCGGCUACAUAAUAAUGACAAAGUGUGCUCUUCAGUUGGAAUUUUAUUUCUAAAAUGUUUUCUGAACUCGAUCAAAUUUAAAUAUUUUAUUUAGCCCGAUUUCGACAUUAUCGCAUGUUUUUUUUGUCUUUCAUUCACUGCAACGGUAAAAUUAUUUUUUCCCCUCGAAAAAACCCAGUGCCGUGGUUAGGAAGGGUAACAUUGAAGACACGUGCCCACCUCGUAAAGAAUGUUGUAUGAUUGUGUAAAUUACUUCGGUGUAUUUAAUUAUCCUUUAAAAAUAAUAAAUAAUAAUAUAAAUUAUAAAAUUACCCUUAACCGCCAAAUUUCUUUCUGGAAACUGUACUGCAGCCUCCGUCACUGUUAAUCAUUUAACCAUACGAAAUUCGAAUUCGAUCAUUUUUCUACAGCGAAACAGCGAAAUAAUAUUAUAUUUUCGAAGCACGCGCUUAAAGAGUGUUUACGCCACUGGGAGAUGGAGAACUGUGAUUAAACGGGUAAAAAAAUUUAAAAAUAUGUACCGAUAACACUUAUGUAAAUAAUAAAAUAGUACAACAACGAGACGCACUGCGAUCCAGAAACGAGAAACUUUUUUGAUUAAUUGCAGCGCUGUUAUUUUAAAAUAUAGACCUAUUUUUUUUAAUUUUUUUUUUUUUUUUUUUUUGAGAAAAGACUUGUUUUUAAUUUGCGAAGGUUUCUGAAAAACUUUUUACCGCGUUUAUAACAAAAUUGUUGGUACAGACGUUAUAUACUUACCUAUAAAUUAUAAAAAAUAUUCACAUCCGUAAAAGAAAAAAAGAAUGAAACUGCGAAAGUGUAAUGAUACAAAAUUAUAAUAUCCUUGAUAAACAGCGUAUUUGAGAAGAGGGUUUCAAUGGGUUCGCCCAUUUCUCCCUUGGGUCGUAUGAAGUGUCACAGUUUAAACAGUUUAUGAAUAUCACGAAGAAUGUAACAAAGAUGCAUUUGUUAGUAAUUCGGUUAGUCUAAAAACUAUGAGACCAUAAGUCUAUGGGCUCCAAGUACUAUCAGCACAUUUUUGUGAAAAGUACGUACCUAGAUUUAAUAUUCUGAAAUAAAAUUUAGAUAAGAUAAAUGCGCCCCCCGCAUGAUUCUGCCCCGGGACCACAAAUAUCUCCGAACGGGCCUGAUAAUAAUGCACGAUAGUGUUGCCGCCGUUAUACGCCGAAACGCAACAACCGCCGGACUCCGAAUGCAAUUGACGCGGGCGCGUCGAUAAUGUUUUACGGCGAUUCGAAAUGCCCGCGCGCGUCGCCGAUUCACGGCUCGGAUAAUUCUCUGGAAUCGAUAACGGCGAUAACGAUAAAAAUUAUUAUCGCGGUACGUCCGUUGUUUUCGACUUCAAAGGGCCCGUCAAAAACACCGCGGUUCAGACCCUGCGACCUACAUAUACGUGAACUAUCGAACCCUCUUCGCCAAGUGUAUGCAAACAAAUCGCACGCUCGUGUACCUGUGACGAAACGGACCGACAGUUCGAUAAUUUAUUUUUUUAUGUUUUUUCAAUACAACAAUUUAUUGCCAUCCCACCUGAAAUUACCUUCUUAUAUUAUCUAAAAAUAUCUAAAUAAUUAUGUAAAAAACUUUUCUGCCGGAAAUUUCACUCCGAUUAUUUUAGCAGUAGUAUAUUUUUCUGGAAGCAAAAUUUAUUUACGUGGUACUUUAAGCGGAUUAUUUUUUGAUUUAAAAAACGGUUUUCAUAAAAAUUGAGAAAAACGUAGAAAAGCGGGAAAAUUUACGAAAUAUAUUAUUUUCAAUUUCGUUUUAUGUUGUGAUUGAGUUAGAAAUAUCUAUAAAGACUUGAAAUUUAAGUAUAUUUUAUAAUCAUAUUUUCCUUUUACGGACGUUGCAAAAUUUUCAAAAUAUUUUAAUCGUUUUAAGAUAUUUUUAAACAUUUUACAUUUGCGAGUUAUUCUCGUAAUUUGUAUUUGGUAGGUACUAUAAUAAAAAAAUAAUUAUAGUAAACCGGAACGCUUGAAAAAAAAAAUUAUAUGUGAUAAUGAAUCUAUUUUUAUAAGAAUUUUAAUAUUAAAUUUUGACUAAAAUCGUAAAUAUUACGGGCUUUUAAAACAUGUUUAUCAAGAUUUCGCUCAGAAUCGUUUUACGUUAGCAAUGAUUUAUCGUUUCGUACAGAUCUGCAUUAAAUAACUCCCCUAUGUCCCAACUUCUUACCUUCUCAUUCACAACAGUGGCCCACCACCCAUCGUGUGAAGUAUAUUCGUCUUAUUUUUUUUUUUUGUACUUUGGUAUAUAAAAUACAAUUAUCCAAAACUAAAUAUAUAAUAUAAUACAAAUUUUAAAUCUAAUUAAUUGUAAAAUAUAUUUAUUUUUUUUUAAUUCACAGUUUCGGUUUUUCUUUCUGUUGCUCUAUGCUGUGUGUUUAUUUUUCUGUCAUAUGAAAAAGAUUUCACAUAGAGGACUUUAAUAAUUUAGAUAUUUUAAACAACGUUGGAUAAUCAAGCUGAUCUUUUUUUAUAUCCUUUAAUGUAUUUUCGCUAAUAAUAAUAAAGCAAAAUUGAAUUUUUUUUUUUUUUUUGUAGAUGCCGUUUUCAUUUUUGUAAUAUUUUUCGAUUCCAGGUGGACAACUACCUGGUGGAGCGUUAUCCUAAUAGUGUAUCCGAAGGACCGUUCUACAAUUCCACUGUGGGCAUUCGGUUCCCAUUGACCAAAGAGUGGAUGGAAUCAAACAAAAACAAACAGAUGGACAUUAUGUGCACCGCCAAAGUGGCCAACGCCCAGGAGCUCAUCAACAAGAUGAACGUUUUGUUGCAGCAUGACUCCGAUCAAACCCUUUCCCAGAAAAGGCAAAUUUUCAACGCUGGUAAGAUUGAAUUUGUUUUUUUUUUUUUACCCCACAAUGCCCCUUAUUUCUUUAAAUAACUGUUGUCAUUUUACAACUCCAGUACUCCCACCGAAGACUCCCUAUUAUAACAUUGAGAAAAAGGUAAUUUUUCGCUACGAAUCGUGCCAUUGUUAGUAUUCCGUUGUAGAUAUUUUUAAACUAAUGAAACGUUGUGGUCACUAAAUCAUUUUGAUUUCCGUACCCCAUCACAUCACCUAUUUGGUAACGAUGUAAACAGAGGAUGUACGGUGUGCACUCGUGUAUACAAAAAAGACCGUGGAAACAGCUGUAAAAAAAACAAACACUAGUCGCGCAUUGUCAUCACUCAAUGGCCGACCCGUCGUCGUCUUCGUUUUACUAAUUUAUUUUACUAAUCUAUGAUUUCUAUUGACUAUAUGGUCUACGGUAAUAAUCGUGGUAACGGUAAUAAUUCAAUGUGUCGUGUUAUAUAUGAAGAUAUUCAUAGAGUAAUGAACGCAAUUAUCGUCUACUUUCGUAUCAGUCAUAUUUCGUUCUGGUAUUUAAUUAACUUAUGAUACCUACUUAGUUGAAAAAAAACGCAUUCAAAAAUUUGUCAUGCCAAGCACAGCGUACUAAUAUACUCGUGUUGAAUGCAUUAUGCGACAUGUACAGUAAUAAUAAAUAACGGUAUUUAAAUAACAUAAUACGAUAUUAGUAGUAACGAAAAAAAUUCCUGUAAUUUUACCUGCGAUUCCAAAAGGUUCGUUUAAUUGUUUUCGUCGGAAUUACGGAAUUCAAUCCGGCGCUCUUGAGCCGUAUUCCUUCAACCGUAUAUGUACCCAUUGACCACAGUAUACACACGUUUAUGUACAAGUCGAACAAAUCGAACUUCAAGUAUAUCAUACUGCAACAUGUCGUUGUAUGAACAAUAUUUCAACAAAUUGUACGACCGAACACUGGAAAAAUUGAUUUGUGAAAAAAACCGUUUACCUUCGCGCGAGGUGUAAAAAUGUUCAUAAGGCGUCGUAUUGACGUUAAAAACCAGAACAUUUCGAAUUAUCCGUCGAACAGUCGACGAUUCGUUUAAAAAAUGAGAUACCAAUUUAACGGCGUGCCAUAUGUAUAUAGUAGUAUCGUCUAGAGUCCAAUAUAUACAUUAGGAAUAAUACGAAUAAAAGAGAAAACGUGCGGAAAUCGUAUGGAUAUACCGGUUAGACGAAAAACACAUAGCUAAAAUUUCUAAAGUUUUAUUUUGACCGCGAACUUCAAUACUAAAAUCUGUGCAUGUUUAUCCAGACAUAUCCAGAUGUAAUUCUGACACAUCUGUCGUCAACCAUGCAGUCUUCCUGGUGGAAAUAUAGCUUACCCGUGCAAUAUAUUUUCAAUCUUAAAUCCUUUUACAGAGUCAUAUAUUACCGAAAUUAUUAAUGUUACGUGAAGGUAAUGCGUGAAUUUCAUAUGCUGAAUGUAGCGAAGAAUGUAUUGGUUUUACAAUGGUGGUGACCCUUUUCUAAAAGGAUAUUUUCUUGGGGCGGUACUUUAGGGAGGUCAAUUUUCAAAAACACGGGAAGACCGAAAAAAUUGUAAGAAAAACGGGAAAACUGGAUCAAUAUUAAACAAAUAUUAUAUAUAAUUUAUUAUGAUUGUUUAAUUAGUUUACCGUAAUAUGAUAUACUCGUAUAUAUAUUAUAUAUUAUUGACAAAGCAUCCCUAUCAACUGAACUCCGUUGAGAAUCGUUUUUUUUCGUUUGGUUUAUCGUUGCUCACAGAUAUACAUUGAAUUCCCAUCUGCAUCCUACCUUCCCGACUUCUCACCGACAACAGCGGCUUCACCCGUCCCAAUUAUCCUAGGACAGCCUUUUUUUUUUAUAAUUGGAUUAUUUUCGUGUCUUCCCUGUGUAUGGUAACGUUAAAACUGAGACCGUCCUCGGUGUAAUAAUAACGGCCAAGACCGCGGGUCUUACAUUACGUUUGCUAACAAUAAUAUUGUUACAUAGUGUGUAUGCCGUGUUUAGACUUCAAAGGCCCACUGAAAUUGUGUGGAUGACUUGAUAAUAAUGUUCCCUGUAAUAUAAUAUUCUGGGUCUGUCCGGCUGUCCGUGCGGUGAUGACCAACGACUACUUAUCUACGGACACGAAUACCAUUUUCUCUCGAUAACCUGAUUAUCUAUCGUUAAAAUGUAAUAUGGAAAUGGAACGGACGAAAUCGAUCAUCAAUAUUGUCGACGUAGCAUGACUUUAAUAAUAGAAUUAAAUGAAUAAACUUUCGUGGAAACGUACUCCCAAUUGAUUUACCGCGUUCUAUAAAUUACGCGAUAGAUACAAAAUUAUGACACGGUCUUUUUUUUUUUUUUUUUUUAGAUUUUGGUAUUACUAUAAUGCGUUUUAGAAUCUAAGCGUAUAUCUACGAAAUAUUCCACUGUUUCAGAGACAUAUUCAAAUGUAUAGCACAAUUCAAAAACGUAUAAUUCAAAUUAAUUACAAUAUUGAUUAUUUAUUUCAUACUAAACUUAAAUGCACACAAAUUACCUAUCUAAGGAUAUUAUCGGAACAAAUAAUGCGUUGUGCACUGUAUAAUAAACAUUAUAAGUUAAAACAAUAUUAUACAGAUAGAAACAACGCAUACCUAUUUACAGUCUAAAGUUGUAUAAAAUAAGCAUAAUUUAAUUACGAGUUCCGUAGUUCCUGUACCUAUACUAUGUAAAUAAAUGUUAAAAUGUAUGUUAUAAUAAAAAAAAAAACUACUCAACAGAGUUUUAAAAUAAAUGAGCAUAUAGUUUAAAGUCCAUACGUGUUAAUAUUUUACAAUUAUCUUCAUAACCGGAAUAAAACGUAAAAAAACGUAAAUAAUGCUUUUAUUUUUUUUUUCAGCUUUGUUAGUUGUUGUAAUUCUGUUAAAAUUAUUCGUAGACUUGAAAUUUUAGCAAACAUUUUAUAUUUUUCUUUUCUAAACGUGGAUAAAUUUUAAAAAAGUUUUAACCAUUCUUGGGCUAUUUAUAGACAUUUUAAUUUUGCGAAUUUUGUACGUAUUUUUUAUUCACGAGGUAAAUACUCUGUGGUCGAAUUGUUGGUAAAAAACAGAAAUGCUUGAAAAUUUAAAAAAAGGUUCAUUAAAUGUAAUACUUUGUGAUCAAAAAAAAAAAACAAAUAUUUGAACUAUAUGUAAUAUUUUUUUAUAAGAAUUUUAAUAUCAAAUUUGACUAAAAUCGUUUUUCUAAAAAAUGAUGUGGAACAAAUCUAGUUACUUGUCUACGCGAAUUGUUCAAAUAGGUAUAUAUAUAUUUAUUUAUUGUACUAUAAUAAAACAUAUGCAUUUUUGAAAAUUGUCUUAUUGUUGUUAUUAAGCUCUGCUCAGAAUCGUUUUUCAAUGAUUUAUCCUUGCUAAAAAUAUACAGUUUAAGAUCCCCUCUAUAUAUCCUAUCUUUCCAACUUCUCGUCUACAACAGUGGUCCACCCAUCGAGCGAAGUAUGUCCAUCUUGUUUGUGUUAUGUAUUUAUAUGGAGACAGAGGUGUGUAAUAUUUUUAGUUAUUCAUUUUGAAUUGUCGAGUUUAAUUUUUUUUUUCAUAAUACUGAUUGAAGCUAAGAAUGUAUUAUUGUAAUUUCAAUAAAAUUUGUAUGUAUUUUAUGUAUGUUUUUUUUUUGCGACCUAAACUGUCGCUCCUAUUAUUAUCAAUUUCAGGUACUGUGUUUCCGAUAAUUGGCGAUUAGAAAAUGUGUCUAGUUGGUGCAUCGAACGAUCUAAAAAAUAAUAUUAAACGACACACUAGUUUGUACGUUCAUAACUAAACUCUAUAUAGCCUAUUAGAAUGUUGAUUCAAACAACACUGUCUCGAAGUGAAAGUAUAUAAUACCACGUUUACUUAAAUGGCUUAUUCCACUCACUGUUCAGCAUCCUUCGAUAGCUCAGUUGGUAGAGCGGUGGACUGUAGUGGUAAAAUCACAGAUAUCCAUAGGUCACUGGUUCAAAUCCGGUUCGAAGGAACAUUUUUGCAAUUUUUUUUUUUUUAAGAUUUUGAGUGAGAUUUUCAUAAUUUUUUUUUACUUUUUUGUUUUAUUUUCUGGUUUUAGCUAGUUUUUUAUCUGAAUCGCUAUUAUUUAAUUAUUUUUGUAUUUCAGUGUUAAAAAUCGUUCUGAUUUAAAAUAUGCACCGAGUUUUAGGAUUUUUAAGAUGUAUAAUAUAAUUUUGGAAUAUACAGAUUUAAUUUUUCGAUUUAUUUGCACAUACCUAUUGCAUAUUUGCAUAUUGUAUUUGGAAUAAUUGAUUUUUUAUUUUAUUUAAAUAACAAUUGAUUAGCAUAGAACGAAUAACUUUUCUACCAGAUAUUUUGCUCCGAUUUUCAAGUGUAGAGCACUGGGGUAGUACUUUAAGGAGGUUAUUUUUUUUUGUUUUCUCGGUGGUUUUCAUAAUAAUUGUGAAAAAACGUAGAAAAGAUUGGAAAAUUUAGAAAAAUAAUGUUUCCGUUUUAACUUUUAUUAUUUUCAAUUUUGCUUUUUUUUUUUUUGUCGUUAUUCAGUGAAAAAUUUUCGUAGAGAUUUUUGAUAGAAACUAUUCUUCUUUUAGAAACGUAGUCAAAAUUUCAAAAUAUUUAAGCCAUUUUAAAGCUGUUUAUAGUCAUUUUAAUUUAAUUUUGCUAGUUUUUACGUAAUAUUUAUUCGGUUGAUACUCCAUGAAUAAAACCAUUUGAUCAAACAAAAAUGCUUGACAGUAAAAAAUUGCGUUUAAUAUAAUAUUUUCUAAGAAAUUUUAUAUCAAAUUUCGACGAAAAUCGUAAAUAUAACGCCUUUUCAAAACAUGUUUAACAGAACUCCGCUCAGAAUCAUUUUUCGGUUUAUCGGAUGUUAUGGUCUAUCGUUGCGUACAGAUGUUCAUCCAAUUAAAAAAGUAUAUGUCCGUCUUUUUCUUUUUUUUUAUAAUUUGAUUUGAGUUAAUAAAUCUCUUUGAAAUAUUAUUUUCUCCAAACUUUAUCCAUUUUCCCGUCGUAUUCAAUUUCCGGUUACGUUGACUGUUACUGGUUAGAAAAUCUUCCGAACAUUUUAUUUUUUUUUCAGUACGAAAUACUCGUAUAAAUUUUUAUCUAUAUUCUUCGUGAUAAUAACGUUAAUUUUAUGGUAGUAAGGUUUCUUUUUAUAUAAUAUGUAAAAUAUGGUAUCUUUUGAUUGCGGUCUUAUUAUUGACGGGCAAAUAAAUGAAAAAUAUAUAUAGAAAACACUCAUUUCCCGUCUCGUUUUCCGUUAACAUUAUAUUAAAAAUAAUUACUAUAAAAGACCGACUACCGAAUGUAAUAAUAAUAAUUUAAAUCUUGUUUUAUUCGUAGUGCUCCGUUGUUUUGUAGACAUCGUAAUUUCGAACGGAAACGCCGGAACUAUGCCGUUAUAUCCACAGGAAACUGAGGUCACUGAGGGAACUGUAAAAUUGAAAAAAACAAAAACAAAACUAACGUACAAACGUUAG